CAUGGUGAAUGAAUAAUAAUGUCGCAAUACAAAAAUAGAAGAUAGACCAAAAAUGGAUAUGAACCAUGUAGUAUUGGACAAAGAGGCAAUCAACCGUUUCGAGCAGUAUACAUUGGCGAAACCUUUGAACGGGGGCAUCCCUUUGGACAAGUGCCAAGAUGCGGAUUCGAUGGCAUCUAAUAGCAGAAAGAAAGUACAAACUUCCCGGCAGAAAGUAGUUUGUUGCUUUUGUUUCAAAACAACUAAGUAUAGACGGAAACAAUUUAUCGUUGGAUCUAUAACCAAUAGUGUAAUAUUUACAGUUCUGUUGGCGUAUACUUUCUUGGGCUCAUUUAUAUUUUUAGCGAUUGAAGGCGGCGUUGAAGUACCAGCGCGACCUAGACUAUUGCCCGAUAAACAAAAGAUUACACACAAAGAUCACAGUAACGAUAGCAAAAAAGACGCUGAAGAUUAUUAUGAUUACGGAAAUUUAACAUUAUCAGCUAAUUUCUGGGACGCAAGGAGUAGAGCAGUUGAAAAUAUAUGGGAAAUAACAGUAUCUUUAAAUAUAUUGUAUAGAGAAAAUUGGACGCGUCUGGCGGCGCAAGAAAUUCUGAAAUUUCAAAACGAAUUGAUGCAAAGAGUUACAGCUGAAAUGGCGUCUCAAUACGGCGUCAGCUAUAAAGAGAUGGCUUUAGGUGAAUUUGGCGAGGCUGAUAUUAACAAUCAUUAUGAAGAACACGAUUGGAAUUUAGCAUUGGCAUUUUUUUACUCACUGACCGUACUUACUACUAUUGGUUAUGGCAAUAUCGCUCCAAGAACGAUACUCGGAAAGGGGAUCACAAUUCUAUACGCGCUAAUUGGAAUUCCGUUGACACUUGUAUAUCUUUCAAGCGUCGGCUCGUUACUCUCUAAAAUGGCUAGAAGCGUUUUCAGUAGAGCAUUGUGUUGUUGUCUUUGCUCAAACUGCGGUUAUUGUUGCUACGACGAACGAAGAAUGGCCGAAAAAGAAAGGCGCAUGAAACUGAAGAGACAGCAAGAAGAAAAUCUUAACAGUCAAAACACGAGUAAAACACCCACUGAGGAAUGCUACGCGUUAAAAGCUGAUAGUCAGAAAGAUUCAUCCUUAUCUGAAAGGCCAACAACGAGUACAGCCAAGGAUGACAUUAUUAGUUGGCCUGAUACAGAUUCUAAGCUAUCCAUGCGUGGGCUUAGCAUACUUGCUCCAGUUUUAUUAUGCUUAACGGCAAUUUUUAUCUAUAUUUCGUUAGGAGCUAUCGUGUUAUUUAAUCUAGAUGAUAUGAGUUUAAUAGAUGGUUUUUAUUUCUGCUUUAUGGCCCUCAGCACAAUAGGUUUCGGUAACAUUAUUCCUGGUACAAGUUAUACUACGAUUAAUGGUGUUAGAUACUAUACAAUUAAUUCAACUGUUUUAUGGUUUUGCUCUGUAUAUACGUUGACGGGACUUGCAUUGACCGCAAUGUGCUUUGGUGUUAUUCAUGAUGAAAUUAUUUAUAGGAUAAAGCACCAACAGAAGGAGUGGUCGCAAAAAAGUAAUACAGUGAACGAUGAGGUCAACAUGACUGACCCGUUUUACAUGAGUUCCUGACAUAUGUUUAAUAAAGGACGUUCCGAAAACCUGUACAGUAUUAUGGAAGAUAGUUCUACUGUAGAACGUAAUAGGAUAGAAAUUGACAAUAGAGAAGUAGUUCUUAGUGUAGAUGAUAUAUCAUUAGCGGUAGAUACUGACGUGGACUUUCCUCCGCCACCGCCAGAGGAAGAAAUUGUCGCCAUUGUUACAAAGAAGGAACCUAAAGGUGGUUUUGGAAAUAUGGUAGCUUAUAACGUCUUACCUGAAAUGCUCGAACAUAUUAAUACAUAAUCGUCUUGUAUUUAUUUUGGAAAAUUCAUAAUUUGUUUACUGGCUGUGAUUGUACCUUCUCAUUGUUUCAACUUUAGUUCAUUAAGAAAUAUAUCAUUAAAAUCUCUCGAAUUUACUUUCCCAGUAUAUUUUAAGAAUAAAAAAUGUAAAUUGUAAUUAAAUGUAAAUAUUGUAAUUAUUACGAUGUUUAACAUCUUUUUAAUUAUCUUAAUGUCAAAUGUUAAUAUCAGAGUACUUAUAAGUAAUUUUUAUGUGAA